UGAUUCAACCGUUGUUGUUGUCGGCAGGCAUCAUGCACGUCCAGACCCAAUGACCGAUUCUGAUUUUUUCACUGAAAGUGAUGCUGAUCUCGCUUCAUCCGAGGAUACUGCACACAGACUUGCUAGAGUCAUAGAUGGAAGACUGGUAUAUGGGCAUACUGCUGCCAAUAAUAAUGCAGGUAUUCCUACUGCUGGGCCAUUAUGUCUGGUGGAAGAUUCUUCUUCCUCCUGCAUGGAAUCCAGUGGUGUAUACACAGAUCUCGAAAAUAAUAGUCGCACAGUGACACCACCUCAGGGUAUAAUGGUUAAAAGUGCUUCUUCUAGCGAUUCGUCAGCUAUAAGUCCAAAUGCGAGCGCCUAUAAAGUACCUUUGGAUGAAACAAUGGCUAUGUCGGUUGAUGAAUCUAGCGAACCAAUUGCGGUUAAAUCACCAAGUUCAUCCACAAAGAAAUCAAAGCCAUCGUCAAAAACGAAUACAUCGUCUGGCGGUGCUUCUGGUAAAGAGAAUAAGCGCCCUCAGAUCAAACGUUGUAACAAAUGGGAUUCUGUAAUGAAUAAAAUUGCUGAAAAUAAAAAUGCAAGGCCUACUAUUCAUUUGCGGGAAGUCAAAUCAAAGAUUUCUACUGGUCUCACCAAUAACAAUAAUGGUUCUAGUCCAACCUCAAGAGUGAGAGCUUUGAAUAAAGUUGCUUGCAGUAGUGUGCAAUCGUUGAAUGAGAGAAGUUUGAAUUCGCAACAACUUAAAGCUAAAAGCAGGAGAACACGUGUGCGAGCUUCGGAAUCGAAUCUUCUGCAGGACGAUAGUCAGAGCGAUGUGAGCAGCAACGCAGCAGGUAACACCGUGAAUUCAUCGCCGCUAUCGGCGACCCCGGCGAGGUCGACGCCGACCUCCGGUGUGACGCAUUCUCUGCACCAGCGGCAAAAUACGUCCAGUCCGAGGAAACCUCCGGCGGCUGCGGUGCAGGCCAAUAAUCGCGCAGCCAAGAAGCGAGAUGUCGUCCGGCAAACCUCUACGCCGCCGGCGCUGUCCGAGCACCCGGUUCGGCACACAAAGCAGGCCGCCAGCCCGAUGCGGCCGGUCAGGCCGAACAAUUUACUCC